UAACGCGAUCUCCCGUGAAAUAACACGUUGCGAUAACUAGACCACUUUUUAUUUUUUUAAUAAAAUAACGUAAAUAAAACUGUAUAUACUAGUGUAAAAUGUGAUUUGUGAAAAAAGUUUCCAACUAUGUAAACUGUUUUCGUGGGUUUUCAGUGAAUAAACUUUCUUAAGCAUUUUUUUUUUGUUAAAAGUUGUUGUGAUUUUUCUAUUUAACAUAAUAUUGAUCUUGUACUUAUUAACAUAUAGAUAAUAUACUAAUAUGAAAUCUCAGUUGAAAGUAAAACAAUCCUUCUCCUUACUUGGCAGACUGUAUCUUUUUCAGCUUUAGUUUCUAGUAGUAGUGAUGAUAGUUUCCAGUCUAUACAUUUCGUUAAUGGAUUUUUAAUUGAAAGCGGUGAAAGAUACUUGUUUCAUUGGGAAUUUAGACUAUAACACGUAUAUAUAGGAGCCAUGAGUGUGCCCAUGGUGAAGAGAUGUUGUUGUGGAGCAAGUCUGCAAACUGGGACUUUGGUUAUUGCCUAUGUGUACACGGUGUGGUCCCUUCUGGAGUUGUUGGGCUACACGCUGCUGGUGACGCUCGCUCCGAUCGCCCGCAGUGGCGCCAUCUCCAACCACAAGUACGCGCUCUACGUCGUCGGGGCGGUCGUGAGCGGCGUCACUCUGCUGUGCUCCAUCCUGCUCAUCGUAGCCGCUCACAAGAAGCUCGCAUUCCUCACACUGCCGUGGACUAUCGUGACAGGCAUCCUGACGGCAGUCUACUUCACGAUGUGCCUCACCGGCAUCAGCCUCAUCCUGCAGGACUCGGGUGACACGCUGCAGGUCGAGAUCGUCGUCAUCGUCGCGCAUCUAACGAGGGCUUGUAUAUCGGUGUACUGCAUCGUGGUGGUACACAGUCGACACAAACAGAUCAUGUAUGAAGAGGACGAGCGACGCUUCCAGCGCUCUGGCCGCGUGUACCAUCCGGUACGGACGACAGAGGCUUUAUAGUACGGGAUUGUGUGCUAGAGGCACUAGGAGCGUUAUGACCGAAUACGAAAAACUGUCUCUGGUUAUGCGAGAGUGAGAAGCCUGCUCUUCUCUCGUCUAACCUCAACGUGUUGCCGGUCCUUAAAAAGUGAAACUUCUUUACGCACGCUUGACGUGGGGAGUAUGGUGCAUGCGUUACGAAAAGUGUAAUCGGGCGAGGCAUGUAAGAUGCGUGCUGACAUCUACAGGCAUAGUAAAACAGUGUUUGUUAUUCUAAAGUACCAGUAGAUAACAUUCUUAGAGGACUUUGAAACAAUCCCUUUUUGCUAACUUCAAGAACCUGUUGCGUUCCAGUUGUGGCUGAAGUUGUUUUUUAUUUUCGAAAGAAAUUUUACUUCAGUAGUGUGUUCUAAAACACACUCGUUUUAUUUCAAACUAGCAGACGCCUGCGACUUCGUGCGGGUGAUACCCUACCCCUACCCUAAUAUACCCCUAUCCUAUAUCUAUCUCCUGGUUCUAAGCUACCUCUCCACUAAUUUUCAGCUAAAUCGGUCCAGCCGUUCUUGAGUUAUAAAUACGAGUAAUGUACCUACUCGUAACUAACACGACGCUCUUUUAUAUAAAUAUAGAAAUAGACAACUGAACACGAGACGAGUUUAUCUAGGUAUCUACUUUUAAUGCAAUCACUCUGGCAAUGCGACGUCAGUUGGAUUUUGUUUAGGCGUACCGAAUAAACAGCAAUGAAAAACAUAUUUUAUAGCAAGCAAUAUAAGUUUUCGUAUUCAUCCGUAUCAUACUGCGGUGAAUUAAAGCGUCCGUUCUUUGGGAGACUUUUGGGAGAUAGACCACCAUAAUGGAUUAAGAGUAAUCAUUCAGCUAAUGCAUGUUAACUUUUGACUGAGACCGUGAUCCGUGACAAUUCAGUCUAAGAUGGAAGCGGGCUUACUUACUACUAAGAGGUACAACAAUAUUUAUGACAAUUCUUCGACGGUUUCUACGCGGCAUCGUACCGGAACGCUAAAUUGCUCGGCAGUCGGCGGUACGUCUUUGUCGACAGUGUGAUAACCAAGAUUAAUAGAAUACUAAGUAUGGUGGUAACCACAGCCGAUGCCUGCCGCGAGACCAGUUUAGAAAAUGUUUAUAAUGACCCGAGCUGGGAAUGGUCAAUGCAACCCAGGAGCUCUGUGCUGAAAACCAAAGCACUACUCUCAAGAGUGAUCAAAAUGUUAACGUAGAUGCGUACCUUUGGUGAUUGUGAAAUUAAUUAGGUAGCGUUUUAAGUAUUCUGUGAUUAAAAAUAUAUUGGACAAGGCAACCUAUGAAUUAGGUAAAAUAUAUCAAGUAAUAAAAAAUAAAAGAAUAAGAAUGUGAA